AUGCCUCCUAACUGGAUUCUACCGGCUCAUGUCACGUGGUUUUGUCCAGGAAACAUCUGUCUUAUCACUCUCGCAAUAAUUGCAGGAAUUGCUGUGGUAGUCACUGUCUACGUCCUGUGGAAGGCUUUCAUAAGGACACAGAAACCUGCAUGGCGGACAAGCAACCGUCGUCUAUCCCGCUGUGAACACGCCGAGAUGGCAAGCAUAGACAUUCUCGAUAUUCUGCAGCCCAACUUCCAGCAGACAAAAACCCAAGCCUUGAUUUCUGAGAAAAUGGACAUGGAACGAGAACUGAAGUUCAAUCCUGAAUAUUGUGUGGACAAUGGUGUGAAUUGGAGCGACGUGGUUGGGGAUAUGGCAGGGUUGGGGGCAGAGGUGGCCCCAGAGUAUCAGCUGUGUGAGGAGGGGGAGUCACGUGUCACUGUGUGGGGACUGGAGGUGAUUGAGGAGGAGGAGUAGA